GCUGCCGGCCCCGCGCGGCCACCGGACUACAUUUCCCAGCAUGCACCGGGGCGGCCCGAGCCCCAGGUCGCCGCGUGCCCGCGCGGCCGGAGCGCGCCUGGGUCCGAUCCGUGCAGCAGCCGCUGCCGUGCACCGAGCUUUGGGAAGAGGGGAAUGAUCCUCCCAGCUGGCUGUAGAGAGGCCCUGGCACCCCUGAGCCGCACGCGCCGAUAUCCUGUGAUGAUCACUCACCGCUUGCGUGUCCUUCCUUAGGAUGCAGCAUCAUGGUUCACGCAUUCCUCAUCCAUACGCUGCACCCUCGGCCCGGGGCAGAGGCUGGGCUCUGCCGCGUGCUGUAUUCCAGGGUCUUUGGCUCUGAGAGGCUGGACCAGUCACCAGAGGAGCCCGGGCCGCAUGAUCUCGAGAAGGAGAGACUGGGCAGGAAGGAGCAGAUUUUGGCUGUGGCCAGGCAGGUGGAUUCAACAUGUAAAUUGCUGCACCAGGCAUCAGGGCGCCCUGCCUCUGACUUCCCUGUCCAGCUGCCCGACGAACCCAUUUCCCUCCAGGAUGCCCCAUGUGGGGUGUUCCGCCUCCCUCCCGGGGAUCCCUUCUGUGAGAACAAGACGGUGCUCUGGCUGGGGGUCCUGUCUCUGGGCUUCGCUCUGGUGUGCGACCCCCAGGAGAACCUGAUGCUUGCCGAGAACACCCUGCGGCUGGUGGUAAAGUAUCUCCUGGAGCAUCUGAAGCUGCUGAACCAGGGCAGCGACGUGGUCCUCAAGGCAGACAAGACCGAGAUUAUCCUGAGCAAGUUCCUGCCCCAUGGGCAGUUGCUCUUCCUGAAUGAUCAGUUUGUCCAGGGACUAGAAAAGGAGCUGGGUGCCUGUCUGUCCAAGUAGAAGGCUCUUAGUGGAGUGCGCCGUCGGCUCAUGGGCUGGGCAGACCCUCUGCCUGGGUCAGUCGGCAGGCAGCAUGAACGCUGGGAGGGGCGGAGGGUGCACUGUCGUUUAAAGGAGACACAUCAAGGUUGGUAGCUAUGGCCCUGGUAGUUAUUAUCCUUGUUCUGGCCAUGCAGCACGUCCCUCUGGCUGCAUCCUCCCACCGAAAUCUCCUGUCCCACGGCGGGGGCGGGGGCAGCCCUUAGAGGAAGGGGGAGAUGUGUGUGCGGUUGGGGGAUGUGCACCUGUCACCCGCUUGAAACGAUUGCUCAGUUCCUAUUCUCAAUAAACUUGGCUUGGCUGGGAGAAACCCGCCUGCGUCAUCCACUGCUCAAGGGUGUCCUGUUUCCUCCUCAGUGUGAGUUGAGGGCUGGGGCGAGGAGCCGGCCUCUUGGUUCUUUGGGGGUGGAUGGAGCCCCACCCUCGGGAACAAUAGCCACCUCCUCCAAAGGGCCGUGGGGGACGUCUUGGGGCAAAUGUAAAGCAGGGCUAGGAGUGAGGUCUGCUGCAGCUCUGGGCACGUCCUCAAGAAAGAAGAAUUUCCAAGGGAUGCAGAAGACUCUGCUGUCAAGACACAGUCAUGCUGGCUUUGGAACUGGGCUAUUCCUUUGAAAAGCAAGGGCCGGGUUCUGUUCUCACACUAGUCUCAUUCUAGGCUUGAGUUACUCCUAUAUAUGAGAGAGGACAAUCAGACCCCGAGAGUAUAAACCCAGCUCAGGAUUCUU